AUGAGAGCUACUCUGGAAAUGGGACACAGAACGGCCGAUUACGUGCUGGGAGUUGUCAAUGUGUGGUCUGGUCCCCUGUCCAAGAACAAACUUCCCUUCCACGAUACGAAGGAUGAAAUCACGGAAUACAUCAGAUCGGAAAUAGAUGCCGACUAUCUGAGUGAAUUUUCGAGGUUACAGACAUCUCAGAAUGCUUGCGUCCCGCGCAAGCUGCUGACGUGCAUAUACAGAAACCACAAAAGCAGGUUGGAUUGUGCCGUACCGCCGGCUGGAAUGCACAACUACCAUCUAAUGGAAUGCGUCAUCUUCCUGGACUCGGAAUCCUUAUCGAAAGUGGUCGCUCGGGUACUGUCCCAGUCCAUCAUCUUUGGUGAAGUGACAUUCGGAUAUCCCACAGGAGUGAAUAAGUUCAAUCAAAGGAGAGGAAGCGGUAUCGACUGUACCCCAAAAGUGCACUCCAACCGCGGAUUUAUGGCCCACUAAAAAUCCAUAAAGUAGAUGUCCCGGUGAGACAGACAGUAGACGGAAUAGGUUCCCCACCGCACGAGCUGGCCAGAUUCAUGGCCGGUAUUUUAAAACCCAUCACCAAGAAAUCUAGUACUUGCAUUAAGAAUUCGUAUGACUUUGCCAACAAAGUAGAGGGGGUCACCGUUGAAACGGAUGAUAUCCUGGUAAGUUUCGAUGUCAGUUUGUGAUAUACAAAUGUGCUAAAAGAAGACCUUUAUGAAAUAGCUAAGUGCCUGCUACUGGCUACCACCACUCUUUCAGAACUGACACAACUCACGGUGGAUGAAAGAGUGAAAGACUUAAAAGCAUGCCUCAAUCCCACCCACUUGGUUUUCGACUCCGUGGUUUACACUCAAGAACAAGGACUAGCAAUGGGGUUUCCAAUAUCCCCGGUUUUUCAAAUAUAUUUAAUAAAGAGUUUGAACAGAGAGCUUCAGCCGGAUUCCCACACCCACCUAAGAUAUUCUGGCAUUAUGUAGUGACACUUUCGUCAUGGUGAAAAGAGAUAAGGUUAGUGAGUUUUACAACUAUCUGAAUGGACUGAGUCCACACAUCAAAUUUAGAGUGGAGAUAGUCAGCCUUGGGUAAACUGGCCUUUUUAGACUGCAUGACACAUAAGGUCGGGGGACCACAGUGUACGAGAAACCAAACAACAUUGGGGCGAUUUUGAACUACUCGUCUACCAUCCGAAGUCAGUGUUCGCCAGUAUUCCCUCAUCAAUGUUUAGGCGUGUAAGGGCCCUGUACACAGAGGAAGCUAAUCGGACAGCGGCCCAAAUUGAGGCAAAAAACAAACUUCGGGGUAGUGGAUAUCUAGCUAGCUUGAUUAGGCGUCAGUUGCGAAGAGUGCUGGUGUCGGUAGUGAAACCCAGCAGAGAAUGGAUCGGGACCGCUGUUAUUCCAUAUAAACCAGGGACAUCAUUCAAAAAAUUCUAAACGCGACCAAAAUAAGAGUAACUUUUCAGAGGGGGAAAGGUACUGCGCUCUGCACCGAUGCAAUUGAAGGAUCGCCUCUCGAUAAACAGAACCAGGGAUUGUGUCUACAAAAUUAAGUGUAGCCACUUCACUAAGGUCUAUCUAGGACAGACAGGGAACUUCACACCAGGAUUGGAGAGCAUAGUAGAAAAACAAACAGGCCACCGAGAAAGGUGGAUGAAUAACAAGCGUUACUGAAAGACCCGGCAAUUGCGGAACACGUACCGGACACGGGACACAAAAUAGAUUUCGAAAAUGUAGAGGUUCUGAGGCGAGUACUACCGUCCACAUCACAGAGACUGAUAGCCGAGGCGGUAGAAAUCGCCAAGCAUCCCAGCGUUAACAGAACAGAAUGCGUGGAACUGGUAAGCGUGUGGAGAACGGUUUUGGAUCAGUCAAGC